GCGAGACGCAUGCCACCGAAAACACAAACCAAAAGCCCAUGGAAUCUAGAUUCCUACAUGAGGUGCAUCAGCCAUCCCUCCCCUUGUCUGUCCGUCAAUACAACCGAAAAAACUCACUGCUGCUCCUCGGUAAGGCACUCAACACCUUGGCAAGUGGCAUCGCUGACGGUAUGCGUACUGCACCACGACGUCGCCUCACACCUAGUGAACGCCUAUGGCAAAAGCGGCGCCGGGAGGAAUUGGGCCCGGCCAAUGCGUUAUGUGAAGAUGAUGACGAGGGAAGUAACAGCGGGAAAGACGGAAGUGGCCACAUCGCAGACCCUAAUGACACGGCUGUGCAAAUUGUGGCAGGCCAAAGGGCUGCGCGACGAGUGA